AUCGUUCUACAUUAAUUAGAUCAAUGUUUAGACUUUAGAGAAGUUAGUUACAAUGGUUGUUAGUUAGAUCUACUUGGAGAAUUAUAUAAAGUUUAUCACCGACAGCCACAAAGUUCCUAUGCAAUGUUCCCCUCUUGGAUAGUUUAACUUUUUGUCCAUCUCCUUAAGGCCUCAUGAAUCUGGUUUUGUUCUCAGAUUUUCUUGCAAAACCUUUAACUUUCCAUAACUGCUUUAAUUGAAACAUAGAAGUUCUGUUUUCAAGCUUUAGUAUUUGGUCCAAUUAGGCUAUUUUUCAUUACCAUAUCGUACAUUUUAAGUGCCAUCAUGUUUCUGACUUUGGUUUUCACACCUGAGGACUCUACCCCAUCCACCUCUUCUAUACAUACCCAUCAACCAAGCUAAGAAGUUUAACUCUAAUUUUUUUAAUUUUUCUGAAGCUUCUUCAGCAAUCACCAUGUCUUCUACUACACUUCAAUGGCUAAGCCUUGUGGGUAUUGUUUGGCUCCAAGCCAUAAAUGGGACAAAUACCAAUUUUCCUGCUUACUCUUCCCAGCUGAAGGAGCUUCUUUCUAUUUCUCAAGUGCAGCUCAAUAACCUUUCUUUUGCCUCUGAUGCAGGGAAAUUUCUUGGCUGGUUUUCUGGCCUUGCUUCUCUUUACCUCCCCCUCUGGCUUGUCCUCAUAAUCGGUUCGGUUCUUGGGUUAAUCGGCUAUGGAGUGCAAUUUCUCUUUAUAACUAACCACAUUGCCUCUCUGUCUUAUUGGCAUGUUUUCUUGCUAACGUUUCUAGCUGGAAAUAGUAUUUGUUGGAUUAACACAGUUUGCUAUGUUGUUGCCAUAAGAAACUUCCUAUCUGAUAGCAAAGUUGCUGUGGGAUUAACAACCAGUUACCAAGGAUUAAGUGCAAAGAUCUAUACCAAUAUUGUUGAAGCUGUUUCUCCAGAUAAAAAAGCUGUAAACUUUCUCUUAUUGAACUCUCUAAUACCAAUUGUAGUUAGCCUAAUAGUAGCUCCUUUUCUCAGAGAAAUUGAAGUUACAAGCUCCAAGCACACAGGUGUUGGAUUUGCUGUUAUGUUUGUUAUUACAAUUGCCACUGGAAUUUAUGCUGUUAUGAGCAGCUUGCAAUUUGUCACAAGCAAACUAUCCUCACUGGGAAUCCUGAUUGGUCUUAUAGUUUCCCUUCUCUUCGCUCUAUUAGUCCCACCUUCACUUAAGAUCAAGAAUCUAGCAGGGGCAUGGCACAAAAAUAGAGAAAGACUUAGAGUCUACCAUUUUACUAUGGAGGAGGGUACUAAUGAAGAGAGGGCAGAGGAUGAGGUGAAAGAUGGUGAACAUAGUAGAGAAGUUUCAGAGCUUAGUGUUAUGGAAGAAAUUGGAGUGAAAUUAAUGCUUAGAAAAGUGAAUUUCUGGUUAUACUUCUUUAUCUAUCUUUUUGGUGCAACAAUUGGUUUCGUAUUUCUCAAUAAUUUGGGACAAAUAGCUGAGUCCAGGGGUUGCUCUGCCACUUCAUCUUUGGUGUCUUUGUCUUCAUCUUUUGGGUUCUUCGGCCGUCUGAUCCCGUCACUCAUGGAUUACUUCUACAGGGGAAAACGUACAAUUUCAAGACCUGCCUCAGUGGUGGCAGUGAUGAUUCCAAUUACAAUUGCAUUCUUCUUACUUCUCAAUAAAACAGACAUUGCCCUUUACACAAGCACUGCAGUAAUUGGAGUGUGUACUGGAGCAAUCACUUCCAUAGCUGUUUCCACAACAACUGAGUUAUUUGGAACCAAACAUUUUUCAGUGAAUCAUAAUGUGGUCGUGGCCAACAUCCCCAUUGGUUCGUUUCUGUUUGGCUACUCUGCUGCAAUUCUUUACAAUAAGGAAGGGAAUGAACAUGGGAAGUGCAUGGGCAUGGAGUGCUACAGUAACACGUUUCUCAUAUGGGGCUCCUUUUGCUUCCUUGGAACUGUCUUGGCUUUGAUUCUUCAUGCUAGGACACGCCAGUUUUAUUCACAAAAACAAUAGGCUACACAUUUUAAUUACUCUUCAUAUUAAUUAGUUUAUUUUCAACACGCAGUGGAGAUUGUAACUUUAUUAGGUAGAAGUUACUAUUGUUCUUCAAAUAAUGCUUUGUUGACACUUGUAUCACACUUACACCUAGUGAAUUUAAUUAAGGAAGACAGACAAAGAAUGUGAGACAUAUAAUAGAUGAUGUGAUAGAAACAUAAAAGAAAAAUAGGAAGAGAAGGUAAGUGAAAAUAAAAUGAGUUUAAUGGUUUAUUUUUUGAUAGG